UCAAAGGGGAAGUUGGUGAACUGGGAUCCUGUUCGACUUAGCUCUUGCAAAGUGAGAAGCAAAAAAACCGCUCGUCGGACAAGAUUCAAGUAGCGACCCUCCCGGGAUUCUCCAACCCUGACGGCAGGAAACUGAGGGAACAUCCGGGAUCGGACAAUGAUCGGGAAAUUGUACUUCCUCCUGGCACUUCUCCAAGCUGUGGUGUCUGAAGAGUGGAGAGCCGACAUUCCAACAAAUGUGACGGCGCAGAGGGGUUUGUGUGCCCGGAUCCCGUGCCACUACAGUUACCCACCACAUCUGAAAAAUGAAUCGCGGACUGGAGUGUGGUUCAACAGCGAGGAAUGGGCUGCAGAUUCGAUAGUCUUUCACUCCAGGAAUCAUGUGUUUGAGUCAUCAAAAUUUCGGCACCGAACUCAGCUGACUGGAGACCUGAAUGAUGGUGACUGCUCCCUGGUUAUAAAUAACGUUAAGCAGAAUGAUCAAGGUCCUUAUUUCUUCAGAGUAGAAUUUAAGAGCAACCGCAAUUAUGACUACCCUGUCGUACAGCUUUAUGUCUCUGAUUUCAUGGAAAAACCUUCGAUAGUCACCAUGGAAAUGGUUGUAGGAAAGCCAGUGAACGUAAUCUGCACCUUCAACACCACGUGUGACAGAACAGCGCCCAACUUAACCUGGGUCACCCCCACUGAUGUACCAUCGUCCGUCUCAAGCAGCAUAACUCAGCAGGGUGACACUCUGACCUAUACCUCUGUUCUGACCCUGACCCCAGAGCUGAAAGAUCAUGGGCAAAAUCUCACCUGCAGAGUCAGAUACCCAUUUGUUUCAUCGGAGUGGACCCUCAUACUAAGUGUGCACUCGAGCGAGAGGUUGCAGAAGACGCUCGUCAUCUCGUUGACUAUUGCCGCAGUGGUCAUCAUCUUGCUGGGUGUGGUUUGCUUCACUCUCAAGAUCCGACGGAGAACUGACAGAUAAAUGUUGAUAACACCCCCAUUCCAAAGUCCUUCUCCAGUGCCUGCAACUUUUUUCUCUGCUACAAUUCCAGCCUUGUGAUCAUUCCCCAAUUUCUACUGCUCCACCACUACUGAUGUGCCUUCAGUUGCCUGGGUCUUGGGCUCUGGAAUUACGACCCGAACCCUCUCUGUCCUCUCCGUUUGUUACUUAAAGGAUCCUCCCUAGGACCUAAUUUGGCGACGUUUUCGGGGUACUUUUGCAAUGUAGAACAUAGAAAACCUACAGCACAAUUCAGGCCCUUUGGCCCACAAAGUUGUGCCGAACAUGUCCCUACCUUAGAAAUUACUAGGCUUACCCAUAGCCCUCUAUUUUUCUAAGCUCCAUGUACCUAUCCAAAAGUCUCUUAAAAGACCCUAUCGUAUCCGCCUCCACCACCGUUGCCGGCAGCCCAUUCCACACACUCACCACUCUCUGAGUAAAAAACUUACCCCUGACA